AUGGACACGUCAUCAGGAGGGGGACAGUUGCUUGAGAAGAGCAUUGUGUUUGGUGAAGCAGAGGGCGCUGAGGACGAGGAAGAACUUGGAAAUACCAUUUGGGCUAUCCAGAACCUCCACUCUUUUAACCCCUUUGCUGAUGCAAGUAAGGGUGAAGACCUACUUCCUGCUGGGACUGAGGAUUAUAUCCAUAUAAGAAUUCAACAGACAAACGGCAGGAAGACCCUUACCACUGUACAAGGGAUCGCUGAUGAUUACGAUAAAAAGAAACUAGUGAAGGCAUUUAAGAAGAAAUUUGCCUGCAAUGGUACUUUCAUUGAGCAUCCAGAAUAUGGAGAAGUAAUUCAGCUACAGGGUGACCAGCGCAAGAACAUAUGCCAGUUCCUCGUAGAGAUUGGACUGGCUAAGGACGACCAGCUGAAGGUUCAUGGGUUUUAA